GUCCUCUUCCUCUUUCAGCUGAGCUUCUCUCAGUGUCUCUCUCUCUCCCUCCAUCAGUCCAUCUGUAAAUCAGUCUCACUGUUCAUCACUCUCUCUCUCCGUUCAUUAGUCAGUCUGUCUGUCGUUGUCUCCAGAAAGACUGACACUCUUGGAGCCUCUAAGGAGCUCACAGACAUCUGAAAACUACAGACCACCAACUACAGACCACCAACUACAAACCCCGUCAGAGGCUGGCAGACGACGGCACAUAUCAGAUGGCCACCUGGUGGUUGAUGCGGGGUACUGCUGCUGUGAUGGCGGUCAGCAUCCUGGCCUCCCUUGUAACCUCUGUUGCCAUGGAGCAAAGCUGUAACGCAAACCUUGGUUACCCCGGAUUACCCGGGAUACCGGGAGCACACGGAGCCAACGGUAAAGACGGACCAAAGGGAGAGAAGGGAGACCCAGGUGAGUCUGGUCUGGGAGGGAAGGGUCUGAAGGGGGAGCCAGGUGAAUCAGGUCCUCCUGGACGGUCAGGUCUUCCAGGGAACCCAGGGCAGCUUGGACCCAAAGGACCCGCUGGCCCCCCCGGGGAGAAAGGUAGCCCAUCUGGGGUCGACUCCUCCCUCACCUCCUUCUUCUCCUACAAGGUAAACAACACCUCUUCCUCCUAUAAUACAAGGUAAACAACACC